AUGGAACCACAAACAUUGCCUCUAAGAAGAUCCUUAACUGAUGAACUGAAGCAGGCCGUUUUUGGAAACUGUCAAGAGCUAGACGACAACCGCUUCAAUUGGUACAAAGAACUCCUUUUCAAUGCUCCAACUGUUGCGGAGGAAAUAAAUGAAGAGAAUGAAUCAGGAAAACCAAUUAGAAAAACUGCAAAAGAAACGGGUAUUCCGUUUUCAACAUUGCAAGAAAGGCUAAAAAAACCCAAUAUGCAGAUGACAAAAUGCGGCAGAAUAACCGUGUUUAAUCAAAUUCAAGAAAAAGACAUGGCUGAUCAAAUCAAGCUAUUAGCAAAGAUAUUUUACGGGUGCACAGCAAGUGAAAUAAAGAGAAUAGCGUAUGAAUACGCAGUAAAAAAUAAUGUGCAUAAUAACUUUAAUAAUGCUACUCAAAUGGCUGGCAAAGACUGGCUUAAAGGCUUCAUGAAGCGAAACAAUUUAUCUGUCCGUAAAGCAGAAGGAACGAGUUUACUUAAAUAG